AUGGAUGACAGGGACCCAGGUACGGCCGCCUUACCCGCCUGGAAGUCAGCUCUGGCCCCGCCCUCCCCUGCCCUGCACCCUCCAUGGUUCCCCAGUGCCCUCCCGCGAAGUUCUUCCGGCUCUGCUUGGCGUUCAAACCCCCAUGGUCUGCUCCCAAGUCUCACGGCCCCUCUCACCCUUUUCUCCUUAACCAGCCCAGAAGCUGCCCCCAAACCAAGUGCCAAGUCUAUCUAUGAGCAGAGGAAGCGUUAUUCCACCGUGGUUAUGGCAGACGUUUCCCAGUAUCCCGUCAAUCACCUGGUGACGUUCUGCCUGGGUGAGGAGGAUGGCGUGCACACCGUGGAGGACGCCUCGCGGAGGCUGGCCGUCAUGGACACCCAGGGCCGCGUCUGGGCCCAAGAGAUGUCGCUGCGCGUGUCUCCGGGCCAUGUCACGCUGCUCGACCCCACGUCCAAGGAGGAGCUGGAGUCCUACCCGCUGGGCGCCAUCGUGCGCUGCGACGCGGUGACGCUGCCGGGCCGGACCCGCGCGCUGCUGCUGCUGGUGUGCCAGGAGCCGGAGCGCACGCAGCCCGACGUGCACUUCUUCCAGGGCUUGCGUCUCGGGGCGGAGCUGAUCCGAGAGGACAUCCAGGGAGCUCUGCACUACCACCGGUCCGGCCGCGGGGAGCGCAGGACCGCAGCGCUCAGGGCUACGCAAGAGGAGCUGCAGCGCCGCCCCGCGCCAGCCGCCGAGACCCCUCCCCUGCAGCGCCGCCUGUCAAUCCGCGCGGUCAUUAGCACGGUGGAGCCGGGUCGGGGGCGACCCCAGGCUGAGCCCAUUCCAGAGGCGGAAGAGUCGCUGAGGCCGCCGCCAGGCCCGGCAGGGACCUCAGGCAGCGCGGCCCCGGCCUCCCCAGAUCUGGGUCCUCGCGGCCCGGACCUGGCCAGUCUGCAGGCAGAGCGGGAAGUGGACAUCCUCAACCAUGUGUUCGAAGACGUGGAGAGUUUUGUAGCGAAGCUGCAGAAGUCUGCGGAGGCAACCCGGGUGUUGGAACACAGGGAGCGCGGCCGCAGGACCCGGCGUCGGGCGGCUGGGGAGGGCCUCCUGGCGCUGCGGGCCAAGCCGCCCUCCGAGGCCGAGUACACAGACGUGCUUCAGAAAAUCAAGUACGCCUUCAGCCUGCUGGCUCGUCUGCGCGGCAACAUCGCCAACCCCUCCUCCCCGGAGCUCCUGCACUUCCUAUUUGGACCCCUGCAGCUGAUUGUGGACACAUCGGGAGGCCCCCGAUUUGCAAGCGAAGUGCAGCAGCCGCACCUGACGUCCGAGGCGGUGGCGCUGCUCCGGGACAACCUCACCCCACGAGAGAAUGCGCUCUGGACCUCGCUGGGGGACUCGUGGACCCGCCCGGGGGGCCCCAGCCGCCCCGCCCCGGGGCCCCGCGGCCCCGAGCUGCCGCUCAGCCCGCGCUCCGAGGCCUCGGAGGUCCGCGCCUGGCUGCAGGCCAAGGGAUUCGGCGCUGGGACCGUGGCCGCGCUGGGCGUGCUGACCGGCGCGCAGCUUUUCUCACUGGAGAAGGAGGAGCUGCGAGCCGUGAGCCCGGACGAGGGGGCCCGCGUGUACAGCCAGGUCACCGUGCAGCGGGCGCUGCUGGAGGACAAAGUGUCAGAGUUGGAGGCGGUGAUGGAGAAGCAAAAGAAGAAGGUGGAAGGCGACACGGAAAUGGAGGUUAUUUGACCCUUCCCGGCUCCUCUGCUCAGUGUUUCCAGAAAACGCCGCGGGAGAACGGACUCUGCAGCCUGCCCCCACCGCUGGAAGGAGAGCCCUCCCCAAGGCUCCUGGCCUGUUCCAGCGGAGUCUCCUGAGUGAGCGGACGGGCUGUGAGUGGGAGGGAAGGGCCACACUCCGGCUCCCUGUACCUUGUGAUAUGCUGCCCAGUCUAUAAACAGCCUCAACACCUGUUGUCGAA